AUGUCCCAACAACCAGAUUCACGUCCAUCAACCCCCGCAGACGGUGAUCUCGACCCCUUGGCAAGGUUGAGGGCCAGCCGGAUGUCCUCGUCCUCCAACCUCUCGACAAACUCACGCAACAUGCUGAUCUCCGAGCCCGCUCUAACCCAAGAAGCACCUCUCACCUUCUUUCCUGACGUUCAACUUGACGCCAGUUUCUCUUCCCAAGACAGCUUCACCUUCGGCGGCUCAGCCACUUCAACAGCCACUUCCGCCUCUCCAUGCGACAUUCUGGCCAAUAUCCAGCUCGGAAACACCCUCAAGUCCGGCUUCAAGCUUUCUGCACAGGCCGAGAGGGACUUCGAUGCAUGGUGCAAGAGUCCUACUUAUCAGCACCAGCUCACGCUGUUGUGCCUAUUCAUCCUCUCCAGGGAUCAGGCGGCUCCCCAAGUUGAUCCAGGGCUGUGGAAGCCAUCCAACGCGCUUUUGGUCGACAUCAAGACUUAUGCAAGGGCGUUCGUGCUCUGUCCGUCCGUCUCACACUACCUAGGGAACUCGGCGAAAUAUGUAUUGGAUGCAAUGCGCUCGCUGCGGGUCACCUCGGUGCCUCCCGAGCACGAGAACUUUCAGAUUACCAGCUCCCAAUCUGCCAUCAGCACCAAGCUCACGCAUGUCCGAAGCAGGCUCAAGGGCAUUGUGGGGUCCUGUAGCGAGUUGGGGUCUGAACACGCGAACAUCGCAGACUUUGCGGUGCAAGCUCAAGCGCUUUGCAAAAGGACCAAGAUCACUGUGGCGAUGUAUAUUCGUCUCGCUUUCCUUCGUUGGGUUUAUAACUCGUAUCCCCAGAGUAAAGGCGAUACAUAUUGGCAGAAGGUCGAUGAAUGCUUGAAGGACAUGAGUAAGAAGUGUACUAAUCUGACAUUGAGCCAGGAUAUGAUAGAUAUAUACAACAACGACGUCGAGAAGUACGGCGAUCCCUCAAGUACUUCGCACAACGUCGUCGACAGCCACUCAAUCGAUGAGUGGCAGACGCGCUUGAAUACUUAUGCAGCAAAGGUGCAGCCGGAGACGAAGAGAGGGGCAAAGCGUACGAGGACUAGUACAUGA